AUGUGUGUGUGUGCCGAUGACGGUGCUGUUUUACGCAUGCACGUAGGAGAGGCAAAGGCGGGGGAGAAGAAGGAACGAGCGUUCAAUCUUAUGCAGCGCUCUCAAUCAUCUCGGCUAGGAGAAGGGGCGAGGACGCAGUCAGCGAAACAGCCUCCAGUGACCGCCGCCGCUAAGGAAUCUGCGGCCCCUGUCAGUGCUAUCGAGCCCCCGCCACGACACGCGGCGCUGGAGUCCGCACUUGUAAGGAACCUCAAGAAACAAAUUGCGUGCCUUGAGAUGGAGGUAGUUGUCCUGAAGGGAAUGCUGAUGAAGGGGUCGGAGUUGGGCGCUCAUUCCAAAGGCGAAGAAUGUGUUGGCGAUGUCUCUUUUGCCGAGGAGGGGCGGCAAUUGGGCUCCUCGGCGGUGGAUGGUGUUCUUUUCACCACCUCUGCCCACGUGAGCCCCCGUUCGCUUUGGAUUGACGCGGAUAAGAGGGACACGCGGCGGCGGGAGGUACUCCACAACGCGAACAUGGCAGCGCUUCAAUUCACCGUUCAGCGUCUUCAGUUAGACAAAGAGGCACUCGAGGGUCGACUCCAGUGCGAGGAGCAGCUGAAGAGAAAAAUGGCGGCGGAAAAUGCUCAACUGCUCUUGGAGCUUCGCGAGAGUAGUGGCAAGGAGGAGGAAACUCAUACACGUCUUUCAGAGGUGCUGAAUGCACUCAACACCGAGCAGGAGAGGCGCCGAGAGUUGGAGAACAAACUGCGACUCUCUGCCGAACAGCCACCCGUUGAAGGGGAUGAAGAACACAGAGCGGAUCUGUGGAGUGAAAAGGAAUAUUACCGCGUCCAAACUGAUCGGCUGCGGGUUUCUCAGAAGGAGAAACUUGCAUGCAUUGGGGAGCUUGAAAAGCAACUAAAAACAGAACGGAAGAGGGCUGCGGAGCUGGAGUCAAAGUUAUCCACCGCAUUGGAGGAAGUCCAGCGGCUAAAUCGAUUAACUGCAGAGAACUCAAGCAUUACGAGAGCAGGA